AUGACAACAACAACAACAGCAUUAAUUGAAACUCAAUAUAAUCAAUCUUCUACAACAUACAAACUUCAUGCAAUGUCGAAAUGGGUCAACAAAGCUUUCCAAGAGCGCAAUAUUUGGGAAAAUUUAGCUUCAAUCGAUCUUGCUAGUAAAAAAUGCUAUGAAAUUCAACGUAAAAAUUCGAAUGCACCACCAAUUCAUAAUAUUUGGUUUGAACGUUUAUGGUUAAUUUAUGCGAUAUCUCCAGCACUCAUUGUGCAAGCUCUUUGGUACCAUUUUAUACCUCAAGAUAAUUAUUAUCAUACAUGGCAUCCACUGGCGACUUAUGUAUUUUACUUUUUGGCUUUCGUCUUUUACACAUUGAUGCUUGUAUAUCAUAUUCAUUAUUACAUGGAUUAUUAUGGAACUUUUAAUGAAGAUGAAAGAGCACGUGAUUAUGUUCCUGAUAAAAUGGUAAGACGACUUGUUGUUAGCGUUAUUAUCUAUUUGUUAGCACGUACUGGUGGUGGUCUCAUUAUCGGUGGAUAUAAUCGUAAUGAACCACCUUCAUUCGGCCAUACCAUUUCAUGGUUUUUUAUCAUUAAAAUAAGUCUAUGGUUGAUUACUUUAGAUUUUUUCUUUUAUUGUUAUCAUCGUGCAUGUCACACUAUUCCUUUCUUAUGGAAAAUUCAUAGUUUACAUCAUUGUACUAAACAUCCAACACCAAUACAAUCGAUUUUAGCUGGUAAUAUUCAAGAAAUAAUUGAAAUAUUUCUUGUACCACUUGUUGCUUCAUUAGUUGUAUCUUUAACAGCACAUGAAUUUUGGAUUGCUCAAUGCAUACUUAUGUAUAUUGAAGCGGCAGGUCAUUCGGGUAUACGUGCUUAUUGGCCUCAUGCCAUUCUAAAUGAAAUACUGAAACCAUUCGACAUGGAAUUAUGUAUUGAAGAUCAUGAAUUACAUCAUCGAUACGGUAAGAGUGGUAUGAAUUAUGGGAAACAAACUAGAAUUUUCGAUCGAAUUUUCUGUACAAUAUCUCAGCGAAUUGAAUGUAUACAAAAAUAA